UGAAGGGGCGGGAACUUUUCAUAACAGGCGUCCAUUGCAGACCAGCAGCGGCGGCGGUGUGUUGAAGAGGCCGCCGGUUCAUCCGUAGAUCCGGGGCUUUUCUGAGCGGAACCAUGGCGGGCAGCUGGUGGGACGGUGCCGCGGUGACCCACGGACUGAUGGCCAUGUUCGCGAUGGGCUCCUGGGUUUCCGUCAACAGUCUGUGGGUGGAGCUGCCGGUGGUUGUGAGGGAGCUUCCCGAAGGCUGGAACCUGCCUGCGUACCUGUCGGUGCUCAUCGCCUUCGGGAACCUGGGUCCGAUCGCAGUGACGGUGACGCACCACUGCGCCCCGGGUCGCCUUAACGAGCGCCUCGCCAUUCACUGCAUCCAGGCGCUGGCGGUGGCGGCGUCCGUGUUCUUGGCCAUUUUCUGGUCCCACACCGUGACGAUAGCGGGAGUGGAGAGGUCCCUCCCCUUCCUCAUCCUCACCUUCGUCCUGGCGUUGGUCUGCUGCACUUCUACCGUCACCUUCCUGCCCUUCAUGUUCCGCUACCCUCCUCAGUACAUCCGGACGUUCUUCAUCGGGCAGGGCUUCAGCGCCUUGUUCCCCUGCAUCAUGGCGCUGGGGCAGGGGGUCAGCAAGCUGGAGUGCAAAACCGAGAACGGCACCGUGAAGCCGGAGUAUUUGGAGGAGAACUUCCCGGCCCAGAACUUUUUCUGGUUCCUGUUUGUGAUGCUGACCAUCUCGGCGUUGAGCUUCGCGGCUUUAACGCGGAGACAGACUGAACCCCUGCAGGAGGCGGCGCCCAAAGAGUCCGGCGGCACAGACGCCGCAAAGGACGGAGAGGAGACGCACCGGCUGUACAACGGAGGAACGCCUGUGUCUGAAGAGCAGGUCCGAGUCGAGGAGGCGCCGACUUUUUGGACGUCGAGUAACAUUUAUCUGCUGGUGCUGCUCGCCGUCUCCAACGCCCUGACCAACGGAGUCCUCCCGUCCGUCCAGAGCUUCACCUGUCUGCCCUACAACAACAUGACCUUCCACCUCUCUGUGGUCCUGGGCAACAUCGCCAACCCUCUGGCUUGUUUCCUCGCCAUGUUCUUCGUGCUCAGGUCGUCUGUAGGUUUGGGUUUCCUGUCUCUGGCUGCAGGCGUGUUUGCUGCGUAUCUGUUGGCGCUGGCGGCGCUCAGCCCCUGUCCGCCGCUGCAGGACAGCCUCGUUGGAAAGGCGUUGGUGGUCAUCUCCUGGAUCGUCUUCACCGGCCUCUUCUCCUACCUGAAGGUGGUGAUCGGCACUCUGCUCCAUGAGACGGGUCACGCCGCGCUGCUGUGGUGUGGCAUCUCCAUCCAGGCGGGCUCCCUGGUGGGAGCGCUCACCAUGUUCCCCCUGGUGAACGUCUACCAGGUGUUCCAGAGGGCCCAGGACUGCGUGGCUCCGGUCUGUUAGCAGCGGGCCCCCCCCCCGGCUCCCGAGCCGUGAACAUGAACAUUCCUGGGUCACCGGGACCGUUUGUGCCUGGAACAUCAUCCCGGAGCCUCUUCAGCUCCUGAGGAUUCAAAGGUUUACAUGGAAGCUCCUCACCAUCAUUACCUCCAACCAUGGUGAGGAUCCACAACAUUCCCUGAUGUCAUCGCUUUCCUUCAGUUUUAUAUUUUUAGGGAUUUUUUGGGGGGCGGUGUUAAAAGGAAUCCGCUGGUCAGACUGGGACAUCUGAGCCUCGCUUCCUCAUUCAGCUGCUCUGGGAUCUGCUGAAGCAGCAGACGUCACAUGAUUGUUCAGCAGAACUGACUCUAGAGCGCCAAAUAAAACAGGAAGUCACUCCAAGCUGAGAACGGAGAGCUGAUCGGGCGACGCUGCACCCCUCCGCCAUCCGUAGGGGAACAUCAGACCAUCCUGUGGUGGAUUUUGGUUUAUUGAUGUUUCUCUGCUGAGUUUCUUAAAAUGUUUUUAAAGUGUGCUGAUGAAUAAAAACCCAGUUAAGUCGGA